AUGUCGUUAUUAGAGCAACGUGGCAAUAUUAAAUUCUGUGUGUUGCUGGAGAAAUCACCCUCAGAGACUCUUGAGAUGCUGAGAAAAGCAUACGGAAACUCUGCGAUGAAGAAAUCGGCAGUUUACGAGUGGCACAAGCGUUUCCUUGGCGGUCGCACAACAAUUGAAGAUAAUGUUCGGACUGGGCGGCCUUCCACUUCCACUACAGAUGACAAUAUUGAGCGCGUUCGAAAACUAGUGCGUGCGGACAGGCGAACAAACAUCGAUACUAUUGCCUCCGAACUUGGUAUUUCACUUGGGAGUGUUCACAGCAUUCUUCAUAAUGACUUGAACAUGCAUCGUGUUUGCUUACACAUGGUUCCGAAAAUGUUAUCCCCUGAGCAAAAGGAAAUGAGAGUGACCAUGUCCAGGGACUUGAUUGGAAUGGCUGAUGCAGACGACAGCUUCCUGCGCAAAAUUAUAACAGGUGAUGAAACUUGGUGCUUUCUUUACGACUCUCAGACGAAACGGCAGUCUGCUGAAUAG